AUGUUUUCUUUUACAUGCAUCUCUGUUACCUAUUUUAUCUUGUUCGCCAUUUAUUAUGGAUUUUUUAAGGAUUUGAUUCAAAAACGGGAGCCCAAGGAAAUUGAUCAACAAAAAAAAUUCUUUUUUUUUGUUUUAAAUAUAACAGAAUCCAGAAAUUAUUUAUUAAUAACAGCAAAGUUUAAAACGUCAUAUAGAUAG